AUGGACGCUACUGGGAAUUCCGUCCAGGCCCUUCAGGGGAUGCUUCCACUGCAACCCGGCAACGUGGAUGGUAACGAGAAGUUCCCCGAUUUUUGUUUACACUCGGAGGCCCAAUGCAGCGACGACUCCCAGGAUAAGGAUAAGGACCAAGAGAACAAAGAAUAUCACCGCUACCAAGAGGGCCUAAACCACAACAACACCAACUCUAAGAAUCAUCCCCAUUUUCAUUAUCCGCGCCCUCAUUCCCCAUCAGCUUCAAUAUCGGAAUCAUCUCGCUUAUCGUGUAUCUCCACCGCCUCGACCUCGGCUUCAUCUUGUACAUCCUCAAGGGUUUCGUCCGCUUCAUUCGACUCGUUCUCGACUCCAAUCUCCCUUGCUUUCGACUCCUCCCAACAUUCUCCUCGUUCCUCGAUCUGCAGCAACCCAUAUUCCUCGCCGGUAUCUGAUUUCAUCACCCGUAAUCGAUCCCUUACAGGUGCUUCCUUCACUUCACUCUCCUCCUCCCCACCGUGCUCACCGACCCCGCGCACGAGGCGGGACAAGUCACAACUGCAUGCUGCGCGAGCGCAACGUUCUGGAAGCACAGUUUCGAACGCAUCCUCUGCCGUAGGGCCGCACAAAAAGGAGCAAUCGACAACUCCGAGAAAGUUUAGGAGCAAUCCCACUCCUGCAGACGCUCUUGCUGCUGUUGAGUCGCAUGAUCAAAAGUUGACGAGGAUGGCUUUUGCAGAACAGCAAAGAUGGGUUACGGUCCAGCAGAAAACCUUUACAAAAUGGCUCAACACAAAGAUUGAGGUUCGCAACCUCGAGGUUAAGGACCUUGUUAAGGAUCUCAGUGAUGGUGUCAUGUUGAUUCACCUCCUCGAAUGUCUUUCACACGAAUCGCUCGGUCGCUAUGCCUCAAAACCCAAGCUUCGAGUACAAAAAUUCGAGAAUGCGAACCUUGCACUUGACUUUGUCAAGUCCAGGGGCAUUCAAAUGACCAACAUUGGUGCAGAGGAUGUUGUUGAUGGCAACCAAAAGAUCGUCCUGGGUCUCAUCUGGACCCUGAUUCUUCGAUUCACCAUUAGCGACAUCAACGAGGAGGGUAUGUCAGCAAAGGAGGGUCUGCUGCUCUGGUGUCAACGAAAGACAGCAUGCUACGACGAAGUCGAGGUGCGAGACUUUAGCGGCAGCUGGAACGACGGUCUAGCAUUUUGUGCUCUAUUGGAUAUUCACCGACCAGAUCUCAUCGACUACGAUGCUUUGGACAAGUCAGAUCACCGAGGAAACAUGCAACUAGCUUUCGAUAUCGCACAUAAGGAGAUUGGUAUUCCUAAGCUGCUGGAUGUGGAAGAUGUGUGUGAUGUCGCCAAGCCUGAUGAGCGAUCUCUGAUGACUUACAUUGCUUACUGGUUCCACGCAUUCUCGCAAAUGGAGAAGGUUGAGAAUGCUGGACGUCGCGUCGAAAAAUUCGUUAACAACAUGCAAGGUGCUUGGGAGAUGCAAAGUGCCUACGAGAGACGGAUGCGGGCACUUUUGAAGGCCAUCCAAGAGCAGAUUGAGAUUUGGAAGGAGGCCACAUUCGAAGGAACCUACGCCGAUGCCAAAGCUCAAUCGAUCCAGUUCUUCAAUUACAAGAAGGGCAAGAAGCGAGAAUGGGUCGCGGAGAAGAGUGAUCUGGCAACGCUGCUUGGAAAUAUCAAGACAAAAUUGGGCACUUAUCGUCUUAGACCAUACGAUCCACCUGCAGAGCUGAGUUUGGAUGCUCUUGAGCAGAGGUGGGCAGAGUUGGCAUCAAAUGAGAUGAGACGUGCCCAGCUUAUCAACGAAACCAUUCGAGACAUCAAAAACGCUCUCCGUAAAUCUUUUGCUGACAAGGCAAACGACUUUGCGAUGGCUCUAAACACGAUGCAGUUGGCUAUAUCUGGCCUCGACGGCGACGUGGAAGACCAAUUACACCAUGUCAGGAAGCUUAGUGAGAGUCUUGCUCCUUUGGACCAGUACUUGGACAAGAUUUCAGAGCUGGACCAGAAGUGUCAAGAAGCCAACAUUGAGGAGAACGACUUCACUACUUAUACAUACGACGAGCUGUCAUACGAACUGGGCCUUGUCAAGACAUCAGUUCAGAAGAAGCUUGCCUUCUUGGAAAACCAGAUGGUAGCACGAAGCAUGACAAACUUGACACCCAUCCAGCUGGAAGAGUUUGAGAGUGUUUUCCGUCACUUCGACCGUGACGAUACCAACUCUCUUCAGGAGCUCGAAUUCAGUGCAGCACUUGCAUCUCUUGGACUUGUCUUCUCAGAAGACGAGAUGCACGACUACUUCCAUGCGACAUCCGGUGGACGUGACUAUGUGACUUUUGAGCAGUUCAUUCGAUUCAUGGUCGACGUCACAGAAGAUCAGAACACCGCCGAGCAAGUUUACCAAUCGUUCCGUGAGGUGGCAGAUGGAAAGCCAUAUGUGACAGAGAUGGAUCUACGACAUAGCUUGGUGCCAGACGAAGUCAUUGACCAGCUUGUUGAGAUUAUGCCAGCACACAGCGGACCAGACAUGUCAGAAGAUCGGGGAAUGCCGCAAUACGACUACAUUUCCUUCAUGGAGAAGCUAAUUAACGAACAAAACAAUGGACAAGAUUCAGAAGCUACCCAGCCAUCUAACCCUGAGCCACAAAGCCCUCACACCAACGGGGUCUAG